AUGGCAAUCGAUCUUCAGAAGCAUCAACGGAGUUUAGUCUAUCAACGUUCUCGGCAGUAUCUUGCUCAUGCCCAUUCUGUUGCAUCUAAGGUACGUUCAGAAACGCAAUUGAGGCAGUAUUAUACGUUAAUCCAAGAAGCAAUCCGAGGAUUUGAAUAUUUGAAAAAUGAAUUGCAGCUGACGAUAGCCCAAGAUCUACAAGUUACUCUUGAUCUCGUUAGAGUUCUUUUAGAUGAGACUCAUGAGGUUGAGUUGGCAGAACAAUAUUUAAAUGGAAUCCGAACGCGGUUGCAGCCAACGACUCUUACCGAUGACAAAUAUUUGGUGGACUUUUAUUUAUUAUAUCAUAUUCCUAUGUUAAAACGGGAUCCAGGGAAUAAGCUAUUGUUAAAGAACUUAGGUCGUUUAAUUGGGACCUUUAACAAGAGUGAUCCAUGGAGGUUGGUGUUUCAAUAUUGUCGGAUUGCGAUCUUGGAUAUGAACAAAUCUUCCCGAAAUAUAUCAAGUAUUACGGCUGAUUAUGCAGAGAUGUUAAAUUCAACAACUAGUUUAGAACCGGGUGCUGAGGGUGAAAUUAAUGGGUUCCUGCUGUGUUCUUAUGUGACAUUUCUCCUUAAUAGAACGUUGCUUGUUAGUAAUGAUGAUUUGGAAAAGUUGAAACUGCUGAAAACGAAAUCAGACAGGAUAUCUGUAAAGAUAAAGAUCUGGGCUAUGCUUCUGGAGUUGUUAAUAGCUAUCUAUCAAGACGAAAAUAUCACAUUGUUGCUGUAUGAUUUUAAAGAGUUUUUUGGCCGCCAUAAAGAGACAUUGAAUACAGGGCGGGAUUCAAUUCUUCUGCAGAUCAAACCUGGGUUGAAGCUCAAGGUAGAAGUUCCUUUCUUUAACUCUGCUGACUGUAAAAAUAUUCUAUUGCUAUUUCAGAGUGUUAGCUAUCUCCCAACUUGUUAUAGUAAAUCAUCCAAUUUUUCAACGAAAUUUCUUCCCAAAGUUUUAAGAACUAGCGAGGAACUAAAACAAAAUGUAGCUCGAAAGGCUUCUCUUAGCAAGCUAUACUCUAUUGGGUCAAUCUACGACCAUAUUAAGGAGUUAUGUCAAUUCUACCAGGCUUGGGAGCAAAUGAUCUUGAAUGGACCAAUAGAGAAUAAUUUGCCGCAAUUAAGAAACUCCGACUAUUAUGAUUUAUUAGAAUCUAUGAAUUCGCAUUUGCUCAUACCUCGGAAAUCCAUUAAACACGUUUAUAACCUUUACGAAUCCCUUCUCAAGUCUAAAGACUCAGAAGUCAGGUUAAUUGCCUUCAUGCAUUGUUUUAUUUUAACUAUUUCGCAAUUAAGUCAAUGUAAUGAAGAACCAGAUCAGUUUUCAAGAUUAAUUCAACAGGCCAAUAAUACUUGGAAUCAAAUAAUCAAGAACAUGGAACAUACCCCAAUGGUUAACAACAACACUUGGCUAUGUACAAUUGCUACUCUUUGGGUGUUAUCAAAAUUCGAACCAUUUAGUAAUCAUCCGUUGCCUAAUGAUAAUGACGAAGAGCGGCAAUUAUACCUAAAGAAGCUAGAAAAUUACUAUACAGCGAAUUCACUAUUAUCAUCAGACCAAUCCGCACAACCUAGUAGUUUUAAGCUUAAAAAAUGUUUGUUACUGCACUUUUUGUUGAAUUUUCUGGGGGGAACCAUAUUUGUUUCUGAUAUUCAAGAGAGGUGCAACUUGUCAGCUUCAUGCUUUCAAAUGUGUAAGCAGCAGCACAUGCCUGUAAUCCGGUAUAUCGGGGGAAUAUGGCAUCUCAUUAAUUGCACUGUCGCAAUGAAAAACAAAGAAGUAGCCGUUACUAGAGCAAAGUUAGACAAUUUAGUUUGUGAGCUUUUGAAGUCCCGAUGA